ACGAGGGCAGGGAGAGGUUCUGCAAACGGAAGGGGAUGAACAGGAAGAGCAAGGGCUGCGCACACAGAGGGGGAAACUGCUGGCAGUGUUGGUUUUCUAAAUGUAUUCAUUCACCCCGUCUCCGUUCCUAUUGUGUUAAUGAUUUUUGUUAUCUAUCUAAAUGUCCCUUUAAGUUAGUUUAUUGGCGCCACGGUCAGUUUUUCCUCUACAGUAAGCGUAUUAUCAAGCUAGCGACUCUUGACUGUCUCCAGCCUGCAACUUCCCGUCACUGAGAAGAACGAAGACAGAAAGAGUGAGCAGCUGAAAAGGAAACAGGGUCUGUCAAUAAGAAUACAGCUAAAUCUACACGGAUAUCAGACGGAUAGACAAGUCGAUAGCAUUGUCUUAUUUUAGUCGACUAGACGGAUCUGCGUUCUUCUCAUUGGCUUGCUUACCAACCUUCGUUGUUUUCCUUGUUGAACACCCAGCUGCGUCUUGCCCCACUGUCGCCGAGGCUCGAGCCAACCACUGGUGGGGGGUUUCAUGGGAGCCUUGUUUCGAUAGAACUCCCUUCUCCCCCCCGACGGACCCUCGCUCGAAUCCAAUUCGGGCGCUGUCUUCCCCGGGGGGUGCCCGGUUUUUGCUUAGUCUGACUGGGGAAGGAGGGCGGUCCCCCAGCCUUGACUGUCGCUCUGGCCGACCUCAGUGGACCCUAAUAUGGCAGGAAAUCUGAAGAAAGGCGGAGGACUGAUCGGAAUGAUGAAGGACGCGUUUCAGCCCCAUCACCACCUCCAUUCCAAUCACCAGCCAGGGGCCGUGGACAAAAAGACAGUGGAGAAAUGCUGGAAACUAAUGGACAAGGUGGUGCGACUGUGCCAGAACCCCAAGCUGGCACUGAAGAACAGCCCACCUUACAUCCUGGACCUGCUGCCAGACACCUACCAGCACCUCCGCACCAUCCUGUCCCGCUACGAGGGCAAGAUGGAGACGCUAGGCGACAACGAGUAUUUCCGCGUCUUCAUGGAGAACCUGACCAAGAAGACCAAGCAGACCAUCAGCCUGUUCAAGGAGGGCAAGGAGCGCAUGUAUGAGGAGAACUCGCAGCCCAGACGGAACCUGACCAAGUUGUCGCUGAUCUUCAGUCACAUGCUGGCUGAGCUCAAAGCCAUCUUCCCCAACGGCCUGUUCCAGGGGGAUAACUUCAGAAUCACCAAGGCUGACGCCGCCGAGUUCUGGAGAAGAUCAUUUGGGGACAAGACGAUAGUGCCUUGGAAGGUGUUCCGGCAGGCACUGCACGAGUUCCACCCCAUCAGCUCGGGCUUGGAAGCCAUGGCCCUCAAGUCCACCAUCGACCUCGCCUGCAACGACUACAUCUCCGUCUUCGAGUUUGACAUCUUCACCAGGCUCUUCCAGCCUUGGUCGUCUCUGCUGAGGAACUGGAACAGCCUAGCGGUGACUCACCCGGGCUACAUGGCCUUCCUCACCUACGAUGAGGUCAAGGCCCGGCUGCAGAAGUUCAUCCACAAGCCUGGCAGCUACAUCUUCAGGCUGAGCUGCACGCGGCUGGGCCAGUGGGCCAUCGGCUACGUCACUGCAGAUGGGAACAUCCUGCAGACCAUCCCCCACAACAAGCCCCUCUUCCAAGCCCUCAUCGACGGCUUCCGGGAAGGAUUCUACCUGUUCCCUGAUGGGCGCGCCCAGAACCCAGACCUCACAGGACUGUGUGAGCCCUCGCCACAAGACCAUAUCAAAGUCACACAGGAGCAAUAUGAGCUGUACUGUGAGAUGGGCUCCACCUUCCAGCUGUGUAAGAUCUGUGCGGAGAACGACAAGGACGUGAAGAUCGAGCCCUGCGGUCACCUCAUGUGUACCUCCUGUCUCACCGCCUGGCAGGAGUCGGAGGGUCAGGGCUGCCCGUUCUGCCGGUGUGAGAUCAAGGGCACGGAGCCCAUCGUGGUUGACCCCUUUGACCCCAAGGACCCCAUAGGGGGCUCCUACGGGAGCUGCAGGGGUAUUUUCGGGGCGGAGGGUGCCCCGUCGCCCAGCUACGACGAUGACGACGACGACCGGCUGGAAGACCCCCACCUCAUGAUGAGCAAGCUGGCCUGUUCCAAGGUGGAGCGGCCCCCUUCGCCCAUGUCCCUGGCGCCCCAGUCCUCCCUGCCCCUGCCCCCCCGCCUUGACCUCCUGCAGCACCGACCGCCCAACCCCCCAGGAGCAUCCAGCCCAGGGACCACAUCCAAGGCGUCCUCCCACCACAAGGACAAGCCUCUCCCCCUUCCCCCAGCCCUGAGGAACCUGCCGCCCCCUCCUCCACCAGACAGACCUCUCUCUGCCGGGCCUGACGGGUGGCUCGGCAGACGGCCACUACCCUGCACCCCCCUGGGGGAGCCCAAGCUUCCCCCGGCCCCGCCCAACCGCAACCUGGCUGACUGGAACCCCAGGCCGGUGCCCAAGGCCCCCGGACAGCCACCCGGUGUGGGAGACAGGCGGGGAGUCCGGGAGCUCUCCAACAGACACUCCCUCCCCCUGGCCCUACCGUCAGCCCUAGACGGAUGCACAGACGGACAGCGGAACAACAGCUCGCUCAGUUUGGACCAUCAGCUGGUGAAGGGAGCCCAGAGUUUUGGAGGCACGGCGUCUGGCAGUCACGAGUAUGACAACCCCAAAGUGAAGCCUUCAGUCUCGGCCAAUGCCAUCUAUGCUCUGGCAACAAGACCCCAUCCAGAUCUGAAGCCUGUGGCUGGGGAGGAGACCUACGAGAGUGACGAGGAGUCCGACUACAUGAUCCCCACCUCUCGGCCCGUCCUGGCCCCCAUGGCAGCCCCCCUUGUGGUGACAGAGAUCCCAGCCCCCAACCCCCCCCAGCCCAGCUCUCUUAACUCAUGGCCCAUGCUGAAGGACCUGGAUGAAAGACCUCAAAUGUAUGAAGCCAUGUAUAACGUCCAGGCCCAGGCCCUCACAGCCUCCCUGCUUCACCUGGCCAGAGACUCGGAUUGCUCUGAUGUGCCCCCCCUGGCCAGUACCAAUGGCCCUAUCUGGGAGAUCGCCUGCCCGGUCCGGGAGCUUCCCGAGGAGGUAGAGGAGGAGAACGGCUAUGACAUCCCCAAACCAGCGUUGCCCAUGGCCCGACGCACCCUCUCCGAGCUGGGGGCCGCUGCCUUCAGCCGCCUCGUCAUGGACAGCGAGCCCGGAGUGUCUGCCUCCUUCUCAGAGUCCAGCGACGCCCCAGAGCGGCCGCCCAAGCCCCUCCCCCGCCGCUUCAACUCAGAGCGCCGGCGCAGCCCUAUACCUCCUGUAUUAGGCACUGGAGGAGGCGGAGGAGGGUCGGGAGAAGGAGGUGGAGGAGUAGCCAACCCCCAGAUCACCAGCGAGAUUGAGCAUCUAAUGAGCCAAGGCUACACCUACCAGGACAUCCAGAAAGCCCUGAUGAUUGCACAGAACAAUAUGGAGAUGGCCAAGAAUAUCCUGCGCGAGUUUGUCUCCAUUCCCUCCACAGCGCACAUUCUUACAUAGUACCUCCUCUGCUCCAGCCCUGCCCAGCUCAGCCCAAAGCCCAUCGCCUGCAGUACUAGCGCUUCAGUGCUAACUGGAGCCCCUGCAGUCUCCUGUCUGGAGCCCUCUCAAAGCUAGCUCAAUGCUAACUGUGUGUGACUCCGAGCCCUGCACUCCAUGUGAUUUCUCAAGAGUGUCUAGAUGCCUUUUGUAAUGUGCUGCAGGGCCACUCUCCAUAUCCCAUGUGGUGAUGCUGAUGGCUCAUCCUGCAACCGAAGCUUUGGCGGUCUUUCUCAGUCGUUUUCGCGUCCUCCCGAGGCCUCUACCGAAAUGUAAUCGACACCUCGCAAAAAAAAAACAUGUACGUGUGUCUAUAUAAGAAUUUAAUAUAUAACAAAAUACAUAUUAAAUGUGUAUAAUGUAUACAUAUAUAUUUCCAAUGAGUUCCGCUUCGAAGGUCUUUUUUUUUUUUCAUGUCGUUCAUGUUAAGGAUAGAUUGCAGAGGACAAAGAUGGUGGUUCUUUGAAACCGCUCUGAGGGAGAGAGCACCCUUCUAUAGUCCCCAGCCCUCACUUUGAGGAGAAAGACAGACUUGGUUUAGCGUGUAGAAGCAGGCGUUUCCUAAACAUUUGGCAACAUGUCCAAUGUGGCCUUUAAUGAUAUUGCUUCGGUACUUUCUGGGGAAAUUAAUGUUUGUGUGUUGCCUCAAAGUAGCAUAAUGUUAGUGUUAGAGGUCUGGACUGUCAUCUCCAGCUAAGGUUGUAGCCCAGUGUGUGUUUGUGUGUGCGCUUUCAAGUGAUCUACAGCUAAACCCACAGGGGAUGUGGGUUUAAACCCACAGGGGAUGUCUCUUUGUCUGGGGUGUGUGUUAGGUGUGUCUGGCCAUUGACUUGGCUAGUAGGGUAGGGACGUGUGAUGGCUGACCGAGUUCACGAUUGACAAUUUGACUUAACCCCGGUGAAAAGCAAAGCUGUGUUUUGACUGUGUUAUUAGCUAUAUGCAUCAUUUUCUACUGUGGGUAGCAUUAUUUCCUACAUCUAAUCACCUCAUCAGUGAUUUCGAUGACCAAACUGGGACUGGGAAGCCUGUGUUUAGUUUUUUUCAGUAAGACGGUUUUUAGAGGCAGUCCUGGCUCUGCUGUUAAGCCACACAAAUGUGUGAUGCUAACUUCGGGUGACUUGGAUGUCUAUGUUGGUGCAGUGGAGGAGGGGGUUCUCACUCCCACCCCCAUUCUGUCAGAUCUAAUCAAUCGAAGCCAUCUGGGAGGUCCCGAUUGGCCCAUGUCCCAAUCCCUCUUCUAUUCCUGUGCAAAAUGAAUGUGGGUUAAUCGUUCUUCCUUAAAUGUAGUGCUCUUUCUAAACAUAGUUCUCUCUACCAAUCGUCUGAAUGGGAGGGGCAAACUGUACUGAAAUCUAAUGGUGGGCAAAAAAGUAUUGACGGAUUCUAUUAGAGGCCCAGUACCGGGCCAAGAUUUGAUGAUGCAUUGAACACAGCUCAGACAUGAGGAGAGCUUUGUCCGAGACGUACACCGAAGCUGUUCAGCGUUGUGAGAAAAAAAAAAAUGUAAUCGAUUUACUUUAAUAAUAUAUUAUUAUGAUGAUCAUUAUUGUUAUUAAUUCAGAAGUGCUUUACUGCUGCUACUAUUGUUAUUGCUAUACUAUUAAGCCUUAAAUGUACAUUUGUGAAUAUUGUUGUUUAACCUCCUCUUUUUUUUUUAAAGUGACAGUAUCUAAUUUGUGUUCUUUAUUUGGUGAUGUAGCAUACUUGAAAAUGCAAGCAGCUUGGGUUGUGCAAUUCAAGCUGAAUUCAGUUGUUUUCUUAUCUUUGGUGUUGGACUGGAUAGCCUUCAGGGGAAUUAUGGUGACAUCAUAUUGACCUAAGUGUUAGCACCGGCAAAACAAACGAUGUGAUUGACGGAAAGGAACAGUGCCAUAACUCAGUCAGAUGUUUGUAUUGUAAAUGCCUCCACCUUAAAGGGGAGUACAUCUAAUCUAGAUGGAAUUGGGUGUUGUGCAAGCUUUGUUAUUAAGGAUCGUCUUAAUUGCACAGCUGCAAAAAGCCCAGUAGCUUAGUGAACAAGGACAUGUUGAGACGCACACCCAAAAUGUUGACGAGUCCCCCCCCAAAAGGGAAAGAAAGUUUCACAUUCUAUAUAACUCUUAUUUAUUUUUGUAAACCUUUCCGGUCACACAUUGACAGGGUUAUAAAGAGUGUUUUACUUUAUUUUUCCUAUAGAGAUAUUACAACCAUUGUUUGGGUCAACGCAACAGCAGGGUUUGUGGACCAGUUGGGAAUGUGGAAAUUUUGUUCUCUGUUUUCACGGAGAGGUUUCCCAGGUUUCCCCAAAAUCCCGGUUGGAAAAUUGCUAAGUUUUAGGAUUCCCCUCCCUGUUAUUACCUCCUGAUUUCAGGAAAACCUGGGAAUUGUGGGAACAUUUCUGGAAUUUUGCAAUCUGAUCUGUAACUCAGGAAUACCAUAUGUACAUUAACCAGACAAGUGAUUUUUCACAUGGACUGUUCCGACUAGUCUUGACUCAAUGAGUUGACAACACAUUGUUAAACUAACGAAUGCACUCAUUUAAUACAGUAGGUGCACCAUGUUCCUGUAUGACUGCAUGAUAGGUCUUCAUUCACUUUGAGUGUUUUCCGAUUUCAGUGGUUAUAAGGGCCUUCAGAGUUUGAACGCAAUCCACAAACUUCUAUUUUUAGGGAGGCCAUACUGAUGAAUAUGCGAAUGUCCACACUUAUUGAAUUUACAAAAGUAGCCUAUAACUAAUUGUCAUCAUAACUUGCACAUCAUCUUGUGCAGACUUCUCUUACAUUGUUGGUUAAAAUGUAAAAAUUGCACUGGCUCAAAUUCCCAUAUUUCUAUCUCCAAGACAGGUACUAUUGAGGUACAUUGACUUCACCGUUAAAGGUGGAGAACCUCUGUUAAUGGGAUUGCCGCAAUGGGCUGUAGAAUCAUCGUAUAGGCUAGCUUCUCAACUGUAUCUCAGUCUCCAGACUGGAAGAGGCUUAUGGUGUCCUUUGUUUAUUUUUCUUCUGUUCCUAGUUGCCUUGAGCGAAACGUUAACGUAACUUUUGAGUGCACCGUGUUCAAUAGGGAUUGUGAGGUUCACCUCCCGAGUGGCACAGCAGUCACUGCAUUGCAGUGUUGCGGCGUCACUACAGCCUCUGGUUUGAUCCCAGGCUAUGUCAUUACCGAGUCCCAUAGGGUGGUGCACAAUUGGCCCAGCUCCAUCCGGGUUAGGGAAGGGGUUUGGCCGGUGAGGCUUUACUUGGCUCAUCGCGCUCUAGUGACUCCUUGUGGUGGGCUGUGCGCCUGCAGGCUGGCGAUGAUUGUCAGUUGAACUGCGUUUCCUCCGACACAUUGGUGCAGCUGGCUUCUGAGUUAAGCGAGUGGGUGUUAAGAAGCGUGGUUUGGGGCGUCAUGUUUCGGAGGACGCAUUACUCGACUUUCGCCUCUCCCGAGCCCGUUGAGGAGUUGCAGCGAUGAGACAAGAUCUUAAUCACAGAAUUGGGGAGAAAAAGAGGGGUAAAAUUACAAAAAUAUAUAAAGGGAUUGUGAGGUUUCAGAACGGAAUCGCUUUUCCUUUAAUAUUGAUUACUGUACUGAUUAUUGUCUAUGUAUGAACAUGUACAGUGCAUUCGGAAAGUAUUCAAACCCCUUGACUUUUCCACUUUUUAUUUACAGCCUUAUUCUAAAAUGGUUUAAAUAGUUUUUUUCCCCCCUCAUCAAUCUAUACGCAAUACCCCAUAAUGACAAAGUAAAACCUGGUUUUUAUACAUUUUUGCAAAUGUAUAAAAAACAUUACAUUUACAUAGGUAUUCAGAACCUUUACUCAGUACUUUGUUGAAGCACCUUUGGUAGCGAUUACA